CCCAGGCCGGAAGUUGUCUAACACGUGUGAUUGUAACAGUGUGUGACACUAGCGACGAUCGCUGAUACAGACAAUUAUCAUGGCGAGGGGCAAAGUAGGUAUUCUUGCUAAAUCAAAGACACCUCAGCCUCACAGACCAAAAGGAGGUGUUUUGAAAGCAGCCCCUAAAUCGGCUCCACCUUCAAAGAGAAAGCCAUCUUCUACCACAGAAAAUGACAAGAUGCCUAAAGUUUUGGAGUUGAAAGGAGCCCUAUUUAGGAAUCAAGAAAUUAAAAGAAAGAAUGGAAGUUCCGCAAAAAAGACCGCAAUAGAGACUAUGGGUAAAAACGGACAAAUGUCAAAAUUCAAACAUUUUCUGUCUCCUCCACAAGAUGACACUGAUGAUGAUGAUGAAGAUGAAGAUGAAGAUGAUGAAAGUAGUGUUGACAUUAAUGAAGACGAUCUGGACAGUGAUGACAUAUUAAAAGAUUUAGCUGAUGAUAGCAGCGAUGAUGAUGAUGAUGAUGAUGAUGAUGAUGAUGAUGACAAAGACAACAAUGGCAGUGAUGAAGAUGUCAGUAAUGAUGAUGAUGAAGAUGAUGAUGAUGAUGAUGACGACAUUAGUGAUGAAGAUGUCGGGAAUGUUGUCAAUGUGAACAUCAAAAAGGAAAUCAAAAGAAACAGCUCUACUUUGGAACAAGUAGGGAGCAAAGUGGAGAAACAGAAAGAACAGCUACUGACCAUGAUGAAGACAAGUAAUAUGCCUCAGUAUACAGAUGAGCAGACAAUAUUUGUAAAGAACCUUCCAGCAGAUACAACAGAGAAGGAUUUGAAAAAACUCUCAAAGGACAUCAUUGAAAUCAGGCUCAGGAUUGCUCUCUCUGGGAGACGUUCGUAUGCCUACUUAGUAUUUCCAUCAGAGGCCAUUGCAGAGAAGCACUACAAGUUACUUCAGCACAAGACUUUGAAUGGCAAAAGUUUCAUAGUUGACUUUGUGGGCAAGAAAAGUAAGGUCUACAAGAAGAUGUCUUCACCAAAGCAAUCAGGUGAAGUUCAGGACUUGAAGCGUCUAUUUGUCACAGGCUUAGGGAAGACCUUUACAGACAGUGAUCUUAAUCAGCUCUUCCCUGAUGCAAAUGAAACUGUGGUUAUUCGCCGCCGGAAUGGGAACUCCUUAGGGUAUGGUUUUGUGUCAUUUGACAAUGAACAGGUUACACAGAAGAAUCUCAUCAAAUACAAAAGUGGUAAAGUUUUCAAGGAACAGAUGAUUCUUGCCACAUAUGCAAAGAUGAAAGAGAAAGAUUCAAAUGAAAAGAGAAGAAACCUACAAGAGAUAUCAGGACCUGACUUGGACAUGAAGAAGCUGUAUUUGUCUGGUUUAGGACCCAAAGUGAGUCGAGCUGAUAUAGAGGAGGCCUUCCCAAAAUCAGUGAAUGUGGAUGUCAUCAGCUCCAAGACGGACAGACCAUCGUACGGAUUUGUGACAUUUCUCAGUGAAAAAGAUGCAAAGUCAAGCUUAGCCAAGACAAUGGGUAUGAAGAUUGGAGGACAUCUUAUCAAAGUGGUAUAUGCUAACAAGAAGAAGGAGAUGGUUGCAUUGAAGAGGAAAGCAGACAGGAGAGGCGAUGUUUCAGAGCCUGUGCUGAAAAAAGAAAAGCAGCCUCAAAUCAGCAGCAAUAAGACUGGUGGUGGUGGUGACAACAGUGACAACAACAUUGACAGCAGUAAUAGUGAUGAAUAAAACGAUUAGAUAUGGGUCCAAUGUUGAAUUUCAGAGGUGUGUGUGCGUGCGUGCGUGUGACAUUAAAUGUAGAAGAUUGGUUCUGAAAUGUAUGUUUUUAAAGAAUCUUACUUAUUCAAUUUUUUGCUUGAAGGCUUCAAAAUAUUGUAAGCUCACCUGAGUGAAAGUCAAGUGCUCUUAACGUUCUGGACUGCAUGUCUGAUGUUGGCAUUGCCUGUAAACCUUCCUCAGAAUACCACUGGACCAAUGGAGCUUAAUUUUAAAUAAACUUGGUUUGAAAACCAUUUUGGCCACUACCUGGGUCCAAAUAACCGUGAUAAUCUUUCACAACAUGGAAAAGUUUAAUAGCAGGAUAGCCAAUCUAUACGUAACUGAAACUGAUAACUGAUAAUGUAGUGCAUCUAGAGAAAUAAAAAUGCAUGUAGAAAUUAGAAUAUGGUGCCAUGACAGUACCUUUUUCUCUCAUGUGAAAACUGUUGGUACGGAGACACAUGUUUAAUUGGUGAGUCUAUUAAUAUAUAAUAUUCAGUACAUAUGGGUGUAAAUACAAAUGGACAAAUACUCUUUGGUCACUUCAUGUGCAUUGUUCAUAAAACCCAUUCCCAGGCCGUGAUAUUGCAGGAAUAUUGCAAAAAGUAGUGUAAAAUAGUACUCACUCAAAUGUAAAUAGUGUGUACCAUUGUAAUCAUAUUGUUCAGCAGUUAAGACAUUUCAGUCAGUCAUCAGAGACAUUUGACUCCUAGUCUGCCAGUUGAGAGCCGAUGGUUAACUUGGGUUACACUGGGGUGAAUUGUGGGAGUCAUCAGAUAGUAGUCGGUCAAGUGAACGAAAGAUCUAGACAUUGAAGAAUGAUACUUCAGGAAAAGACCAUGAUUCCCUCAUGUGCCAACAUUUCUGCCUUGCUCAACAUUUGUCACAUGUCACCCACAUCUCCUCACUUGUAUGAAUGUUAAGUUUACUGCUGACCUACAAUGAUCUGUAGCGUUAACACCAGGUGGGUGGUGCAGUAGGCUAGUUAUGUCUAUAUGAUGUUCAAAAACUGAAUCUGUUGUAGUUUCACUCUUGCCUUGUUUUGUUGUGCAAAGACCUCAUCUUCUGAGAGGCUGUGUAUUCUCUCAAGUUCAUUAAUCUUAAGCAAGAACCUGAGAACACCAGAAAUUGGUCCUCCUUCUAAAGGAAGAUGUAAGUACUUCAGACAAUGUUCUUUUGCAUGCAAGCUUCUCAUCCUUGACAGGAAAGUCCACGUCCAUGAACACACUAUGUGAGAGUUUUCUUAAAAGCAGAGGUGCUGUUUGUCUGUUAAGGAUGUGAUGUAAUAACGCAAUUGCUUCACUGAUGCACCUACUGUUUUAACCUCACUAGACAGCUGUAUUUUUUGUUUUGAUGUUUUUUAGCUUUGCAUAGAAGAAUCCUGCUUACAGUAGUUGGUUAUACAUGCAGACAUACAUUGUGGGUGCUAAUUAUAUUAAUGCAUCAGUUACUGCACAAAUGAUCGUUGGUGACUGCUGAUUGAUCAGGCUGCUCUUCAGUCAUCUGUCCAAAAUCUCUUCUAUUUACAUUGUUUUCAACCUGUCACUUGGUCAAAUGAAUCAAGAAGGUCUACAUGGCCAGGAACUACAUGAAGCUGACAAACCAUGAUGCAGCUUAACAUAGUGUUCAAAGAUGUGUUCAGUGCAUCUCACCAUGUUAUUGUUUCACAACCUGGUGAAGUCAGGAGAGAAUUGUGGAGUCAACAGUAUGACCACAUCAGGGUUCAGGACUCAAAUCGUUCUUUUAGGCUGGUUGUCAUGAGGACAUGUGUUCAACAUCUGUAGACUCCACAUGAAGUAAACUCUUUCUGUGCUUAAGACAUACUGUAAUCGUAGUUAUUUUCGCGUGGGGAUUAAUUUUCGCGCUUUUAGCGCAAAAUGAUUGUGCGUCAAUAAUCAUACCAAGCAAAAUAUUCAUGGUCAGGUCAUGACAAAUACUCAAGUAGGAACAACAUGCAAUUUGUUUAUUCUCUCAGAUAACAACAUCAAAACAAUAUACAAAGGAAUAGAGGCAUAUACUAGUCUACGUGUAAUAGCGAUCACAAUCAGCAACUGUUUGUUAUCAGUUUGUCAGUUAAUUGAUAGCUGAUUACUCGUAAUCACAAAAUGAACGAAACUCACAUCAGUCACAAAUCACAAUGUUGACACAAGUAUAAUCCCACUUCUCUCUGAUUAUUUUAGUAAAUAUGAUUCAAUUAUGGCGGCUAGCUUUGAUCAUUGCAUGUCUAUGGGUUGUGAAAACUUUGUUAUGGACACCACCACUCAGGCGUUUAAAAUGUGCGAAAAAACUACUGCGCUAGUAGGUCUUUUGUGAACUUUCCGCGAAAAUUGCACCCCGUGAAAAUAUAUACGAUUACAGUAGUUCACAGUGCUGCUGCUGUCAAGAUAACUACAACUUUUUACAACACUGCUUACAUGUAUGUUUUUAGAUGUGUAUAAAGCAAAAACAUGAGGCGAUACCCCUGAAAAAGACUUCAAAAUGAUAAUUUAUGUUCCCUGUUUAUGAAAUACAUCACCAUCAGAUCUUUGAAUUUUCAAUAAAUAUGUUUGUCCUGUU